ACAUCGAAAACAAAGGGUAAAAGCGGAGAAAAGAAAAAAAAUCUGAAUCGUCGUCUCUCUCUCUGGUCAAAAUAAAAAAACCCUAACGGUUCACACAGAUCUGAAGAUGAAAGGUGGUGAAACCAAAUCUCAAGGGAAGAGCACUGACGACAGAUUGAAAACGAGAGGAAAGAAAGCAGGAAAGAAAGUGAAGGAUCCAAACAAGCCUAAGAGGCCUCCAAGUGCCUUCUUCGUCUUCCUGGAGGGAUUCCGUAAGGAGUUCAAUCUAGCUAACCCUGACAACAAAUCUGUCGGAGCUGUUGGUAAAGCUGCUGGAGCUAAAUGGAAAUCCAUGACUGAUGAAGACAAGGCUCCUUAUGUAGCCAAGGCAGAGACCAAGAAGACUGAAUAUACCAAGACCAUGCAAAAAUACAACAUGAAAUUGGCUAAUGGAACUAGCACAGCUGGAGAUGAUGACUCUGACAAGUCCAAGUCUGAAGUCAACGAUGAGGCUGAAGGUGCAAGUGAAGAGGAGGAAGAUGAUGAUUAGAAGAUGGAUCAUCGAUUUGUCUUAUGUUGUAUUGUUGUUAGCUACUAGUUUUUAGGGAGAAGAAUAGUUUGCACUACUAUUGCUAUGUUUUCCCCCUUUUAUGUUAACUGGGAUUUAUUCGUACCUACUCCCAACUUGUUAUGACGACUUUGGAUUUAACUUUCAUCUUCCUACUCUACUUUUUAUCCGAUGGUUUCAUGUGUUUUUGCAUGAAUCUAUUUAUAUUUUGCUGUCUUAUGAUUGAUGAAAAGUUAGUUACACUGUCUCGA